CUCCGUGUGUCGCACGUCGCUGAGGCAGCAGAACAGCUGCUACAUCAAGAACAAGGAAAUCUUCUGCAAGAUGGACUACUUCAGCCGAUUUGGGACCAAGUGCGCAAGGUGCGGCCGACAGAUCUACGCCAGCGACUGGGUCCGGCGGGCACGCGGCAAUGCCUACCACCUGGCCUGCUUCGCUUGCUUCUCGUGCAAGCGCCAGCUGUCCACGGGCGAGGAGUUUGGCCUGGUCGAGGAGAAGGUGCUCUGCCGCAUCCACUACGACACCAUGAUUGAGAAUCUCAAGAGGGCCGCCGAGAACGGGAACGGCCUCACGCUGGAGGGGGCAGUGCCCUCGGAACAGGACAGUCAGCCCAAGCCGGCCAAGCGCGCGCGGACGUCCUUCACCGCCGAGCAGUUGCAGGUUAUGCAGGCGCAGUUCGCGCAGGACAACAACCCCGACGCGCAGACGCUGCAGAAGCUUGCGGACAUGACGGGCCUCAGCCGAAGGGUCAUCCAGGUGUGGUUUCAAAACUGCCGGGCGCGUCAUAAAAAGCACACACCACAGCAUCCCGUGCCGCCCUCCGGGGCGCCGCCGUCCCGCCUCCCCUCCGCCCUGUCCGACGACAUCCACUACUCCCCGUUCAGCAGCCCCGAGCGGGCUCGCAUGGUCACCCUGCACGGCUACAUUGAGAGUCAGGUACAGUGUGGGCAGGUGCACUGCCGGCUGCCUUACACCGCGCCCCCCGUCCACCUCAAAGCCGAUAUGGAUGGGCCACUCUCCAACCGGGGUGAGAAGGUCAUCCUUUUUCAGUACUAACGCUGCCGGCACUUCCGCAUCUGAGCAUGGGCGCCCGGCAGCUGCCCCUCAGCCGCUGAAAUCCGGAGUCCGAGCCGCUGCCAGGGAUCCACCCGCUCUGCCUCCACCCCCCAUCCGCCAUCCUGCCCACCACCAGCUGGGCCCCUGGGCCUGGCCUUCCCCGCUCCUGCCGAGAACCAGAACCCGCCAGGAGCAUCGCGGAGCCCUCCUCCCUGAAGGCAGAGCUCCCUGAAAUUUGGAGCCAGGGUGAAAACAACAGCCUGUGUUUCCCAUUUAGACAGGAGUCGUCUUCAACUUAAGCUGAUUACAAUAGCAAAAGGCCGAAUUGAAUCGCACGACGCCAACAGCCUUCCAACUUACAGGUUUUCUUUCCUCCCAUAUUGGCCUUUAUUUACUACUUCCUUGGAACCAUCUCUGAAUUCCGAAUAGCCGACAACCCCCAAUGUUAUCCACUCCGUUGCUUUUGUUUGGAAAACUCCACAGUGUUUGUGGGAUGUCCCCAAAGGAAAGCUAUGUUCUAAUUUUAUCAUUUCCAUCUGUCUGGUUAUGUCAAGUUAAUUCAGAGAGAGAAGAGACACUGACCAACCCUGAGAGGCCCAAUAGGGCACAGAUGGAGGCCUGCCCAGACCAAGAGGCAGGGGGAAAAGCGGGGGCUGGGGGCGCGGGGGCGGGGCAAGGACCCCCCAUUGGUUUGGAGGCCCAGGAGAAGGAUGCGGCACACUGGGCUGGGAGAAGCACUAGCCAUUUUAAGGAGAGGAAAGAGCAAACUCGGGGUGUGUGUUGGGGACCCUGCUUUCACCUAGUUAUCCAGCAUAUGUGCAGGAGACAUAGCAGAGGUGGUGUUUGAUCUGUGUGAUGACAUUUCUGAACGCU